AUGCGCUUUAAUAUCGUUUUGGUAUCCUUUUUAAUGGUGGUCGUUUUUACGUAUGGUUUAAAUGCCAAAGCGUCGGUCCGCACGCAUAACGGUUUCGAAAAGUUAAAAUGUACCAAUACCGGAGCUUUCGUAAAUAGCAAUUUUAAUUUGCAAAAAGCCUUUUUCGCAAUAUUCCCCAAAUAA